CUUGUUCUAGGUAUAACACUCUUAAUGUAGGGAAGAUUAUUAUCUUCCUCUUUUUGCAUACUGUAUUUUUACUAAUAUUAGGUUUAUCCUUUUCAUGGCCGCAUCAUACAUUGAACCUAGAGUUGAAUAAAAUCCCAGACCUGUCUACGUCAUUGCUUAUCCUGAUCUGUGCGUUCGUUUUGUGGUCCAUGGAGCUUUGUGCUCACCCUGUUAACUUCCGUGUUAAUGGAUUUAGCCAACUGCAGUUUUUCAAGAUAUUUUGGAUUCCUAAUUCUCUGCCAGAUUAGAAGUUUGUAAGAGAACAGGGUAUGGUGAUGCCAUCAACUGAGAUUGGAAAAGCAGGACAAAGAAUUGUAGCAUGUAGAAUGAAGAGGAUUGAGGGUGGAAACCUGGGGAAUCCCAAAAGUAAGAAAGAGCUGAGCAGAAAGGAGGCAACAGAAGAUACCAAGAAGGGGAACCAGAGAGGCAGGAUGAAAAGGAGCGGACUGUCUUGGAAGCUGGGGUGACUGUGUGUUAAGUACCGGGGCUGGUGGUAGAGUGCAUAGGGCAUGCUGAUGCUUUCCGUGGCUCAUUCUGAUUAAGAGCAGUCUUUUUUGGAAUUCUAAUAAAAGGUAUACAGAUCCUCUCUACGGUGACUUUGUUUUUGUACAUAGUGAACGCCCUAGAAUGGCCACACUAUCCUAGCACUCCUGACGUCUCUGACGUGGGCCCCUUCCAGUGACUGCUCUACCAGGGUAACUGCUUUUCUGGUAUCUGUCACUGUAGGUUAGUUCUGCACUCACGUCACUGGAGUGAUACGCUGUACACCACCUUUUCCCCAGGCCUCUUCUAUUCAACUUUCUGAGAUUCACCCAUGUUGUAUGAAUAACACAGUAGUGGAUCAACCGGGACUCGAACCGGUGCCCAUAUGGGAUGCUAUGCCGCAGCGCCAGCCCUGAGACUGCAUGUCCUUGUGGAAGGUGAGGAAAGAAGACCUGAGAAAUUGGGUCUUAUCUGAGUUCAUGGGAGGUGUACCUGGACCAUGGCCCUAAUUCAGCCCAUUCUUGAGAAAUGCCUGUUGGUUUCUCGUCAAGUGGCAGUGAAAAUGCCUCGUGUAAAAGCAGCUCAAGCUGGGAGACAGGGCCCAGCAAAACGGCGUCUCGCGGAGCAGUUUGCCGCUGGGGAGAUAGUGACUGACUUGUCAAAGAAGGAAUGGAAGCUGGGGUUGCCCAUUGGCCAAGGCGGCUUUGGUUGUAUCUAUCUCGCUGAUACAAAUUCUUCAAAGUCCGUUGGCAGUGAUGCACCUUGCGUUGUGAAAGUGGAACCGAGUGACAAUGGACCUCUUUUUACUGAAUUAAAGUUCUACCAACGAGCUGCUAAACCAGAGCAAAUUCAGAAAUGGAUUCGUACCCAUAAACUGAAGUACCUGGGUGUUCCUAAGUAUUGGGGGUCUGGUCUGCAUGAUAAAAAUGGAAAAAGUUACAGGUUUAUGAUAAUGGAUCGCUUUGGGAGUGACCUUCAGAAAAUAUACGAAGCAAAUGCCAGAAGGUUUUCUCGGAAAACUGUCUUGCAGCUAAGCUUAAGAAUUCUGGAUAUUCUGGAAUAUAUUCACGAGCAUGAGUAUGUACAUGGAGAUAUCAAGGCCUCGAAUCUCCUCCUGAGCUACAAGAAUCCUGACCAGGUGUACUUGGUGGACUAUGGCCUUGCUUAUCGAUACUGCCCAGAAGGAGUUCAUAAAGAAUACAAAGAAGACCCCAAGAGGUGUCACGACGGCACCCUUGAAUUCACCAGUAUCGAUGCACACAAUGGCGUGGCCCCAUCGAGACGUGGUGAUUUGGAAAUCCUUGGUUACUGCAUGGUCCAGUGGCUCAGUGGCCAUCUUCCUUGGGAGGAUAAUUUGAAAGACCCUAACUAUGUUAGAGAUUCCAAAAUUAGGUACAGAGAAGAUAUUGCAGGUUUGAUGGAUAAAUGUUUUCCUGAGAAAAACAAGCCAGGUGAAAUUGCUAAAUACUUGGAAACAGUGAAAUUACUGGGCUAUACUGAAAAACCUCUUUAUCAAAAUUUACGAGAUAUUCUUCUGCAAGGACUAAAAGCUAUAGGAAGUAAGGAUGAUGGCAAACUGGACCUCAGUGUUGUGGAGAACGGAGAUUUGAAAGCGAAGACAGUGACGAAGAAGAGAAAGAAAGAAAAGGAAGAAAGCACAGCCUCUAGUGUUGAAGAUAUGGAAUGCUCAAGCGCGCAGACGGAGGAGACCAUACAAACCCGAAGUGAGGAGCCCCCAGGAGCAGCGUAUGGAAGCAUGUCUCAGCCAGAGGCUGGCAGCAGCAGCCAUGACAGUGAGUGGGAACAAAAUCAAGGGGCAUUUUUAAAGACAGUAAUAGUCUUACUUUGAAAAAGAAAUUCCUUACAUUGUACAACAGGCGCUUUGACUUCAGGAAGGGCCCUGCUGUGUUCUGGUUACACUGACACCUGUCAGUCCAGGGUGGCCCCCGGGUAGAUGAGAAGGCCCUUUACCGUUCUUCGCCUCGUGAGCACCAGGCACGUUUGUUUAGAUAGAUAAAUGAUUUUAAAUUCAUGUGGUUUGAAAUGCUUUUUAUACCCUAAAGUUUUUUUUUUUU